AUGGCUAAUAAGAUCUUAAUCUUAUUUUCGAUUCUAUGCCUCGUCAUCGGUUCUCAAGUUUAUGCAGUGCCUUAUGAUUACUCAUACACAAAAGAGUGCUUAGCAAAACCGUUAAAGCCUCAAUACGAGGGAGGAGUGAUUGUGAAUCCCGAACUAAACGAAGGAUUGAAAGGAUGGACAAAAUUCGAAGAUUCGACAGUGGAGCACAGAGAAUCCGACGACGGCAAUAAGUACAUUGUUGCUUCCGCAAGAAAACAACCAUUCCAUAGUUUCUCGCAGAAGUUUAACUUAGAAAAAGAAAAACUCUACACUUUCUCGGAUUUUAUUUUUGCAAAAAUUUAUGUAGCUUGGUUGCAAGUAAGCCAUGAAAAAGCUGAUAUAGCAGCAAUUUUCAAGACAAAUACAAGCAAUGUAUAUGCUGGUUGGGUAAUAGCCCAAAGCGGUUGUUGGUCAAUGGUCAAAGGUGGACUAGUGGUCAAUGUUUCUGGCCCCGCCGAGCUCUAUUUUGAGAGCAACAACACAAAUGUUGAUAUUUGGGCAGACAGCAUUUCAUUGCAGCCAUUUACUCAACAAGAGUGGAAAUCCCACCAAGAUCAAAGCAUUGAGAAGGUGAUAUUAAUUUCUAACUUUUCGAUUUUGUAUAUGCAGUUCCGUAAAUCAAAGGUGAAAUUCCAGGCGGUGGAUCAGCACGGCCAGCCCAUACCAAACGCCACCGUUUCAAUCAAACAAAACAACGCCAAUUUCCCCUUCGGCUGCGCCAUGAACCAAAACAUCGUCCAAAACGGCGCGUACCAAAACUAUUUCUUCUCCAGAUUCAAAUACACCGUAUUCCAAAACGAACUCAAAUGGUAUUCGACCGAAUACAACAGAGGCUCCGUCGACUACUCCGUUCCCGACGCGAUGAUUGCACUAGCGAAAUCGCACGGAGUCACGAUCCGCGGCCACAAUGUAUUAUGGGAUGAUCCGAAAUACCAGCCAUAUUGGGUGCCGGGACUUUCGGCGAACGACUUAGGUGCAGCCGCACAGAAGAGGCUGAUCUCAGUGAUGACCAAAUACAAGGGGCGGUUCAUUCACUGGGACGUAGUGAACGAGAAUCUGCACUGGAACUUCUUCGAGAGUAGGCUCGGCCCGAACAUUUCUACCGUUUAUUACAAGUAUGCUAACAAGAUUGACGGGAGCAGGACGGUGCCGUUUCUGAACGAGUACAACACCAUUGAGGAGAGCAGAGAUGGUGUUGCGUCGCCGUCGAGGUAUUUGCAGAAGAUUGAUGAGAUGAGGCGGGACAGGUAUGGUGGUCCUUUGGGUAUUGGCGCGCAGGGGCAUUUUACUAGUGCGAAUCUGCCGUAUACGAGAUCCGCCAUUGAUAUGCUUGCUUCCGCUAAACUGCCGCUUUGGGUGACUGAGUUGGACGUUACACGCGGGCCCAACCAGGUAAAUUUGAAAUCAUGUUGUGUUAUAUUUGGGCAGGCAAAUAUUUUGAACCAGGUACUAAGGGAGAUUCACUCGCAUAACGCAGUACAAGGCAUUAUGUUGUGGACACCGUGGGACCCACAGGGUUGUGACGAUAGGUGUACAAAUUGUUACGCCACGUGUUUAACGGACAAUAAUUUCAGAAACACAGAUAACGGAAAUGUCGUCGACAGUUUUAGAAACGAGUUGACUCAUGCCGAUGGUCUUCGUGGCACCACCGAUUCUAAUGGCUACUUCGAGGCUUCUCUUUUCCAUGGUGAAUUCGAAGCUAAAAUUAUUAACGGAGACGCGGUUUCGAGUUCACAAGAAAUUAACGUUGUACCGAACGAGGAAACGGUAUUGAAUGUUCUUCGUUUGACGGUCAACGUGUAA